CACCGCACGGGGGGAACAGCAGCCACCAGCAAGCGAUCAGGUGCGGAUAGUUCCAAGGAGCAGCGCACGGGAGGGACAGCACCCACAAGCAAGCGACCAGGGGAAGACAGCUUCACGGAGCAGCGCACUUGAGGAACAGCAAUCACAAGCGAGCGAUCAGAGACGAAUAGCUCCUUCGAAUAUCAACGACGUGCAGGGAGGUCAGCAAAGACAGCGGAGCGAUCAGCAACGGACAGUUGGAGAGAGCUUCGGCAAGCGAGAUGGUUUUAGAGAGGUGCAAGACCCGGCUGGAAAUCUCCGGUCACGACGCCCGCACUCUCCACCAGAAAGCGUCCCAACGAAUCAGAGCGUCUCGCCGCAUCCGACCAGCACCGUGAAGCACCCGACGCCCACGGCGACGUCUGCCUCGCCGAACCCUGUGGCGCACCACCCCUCGGCCUCGUCGGCCCGCACCAGCAUCGCGUCGUCAUCGUCCACAACGUCCGUGUCGACGGGUAGCUCCGGUGGCAUUGCGGCUCGCAAGGUCGUGACGAAGGAAACAGCGGCCUCCAAGAUGCCACCUCCUGGAGAGACAGUGGUGGCCCACACCACGACCGCGACGUCACGAGGCCCUACGAGUGUAUCCUCGUCCACCGAGCCUUCCCGGACUGCACCCAACAGGCCCGGCCGCGACGCCCAGCAAGUGACGGAGGCCAGGGCUGUCCCCACCUCGACGACGAACCGUCAGGGCGGUGCAGGCUCCACCAGUGGUUCUAGUGCAGGAAAGGCGUCAUCCGGGAACUCCGUGUCGUUCGCCGGCAACCAGGAUCACGCCAGUGCAGUGCGCCCGAGGGAGCCUCCACGGCCUCGGUCACCGCACCCUGGCGGAAGAGGUACCACCCCGCCGCCGAGGACUCCGACGCCACCGCCACCCCCUCCCCCGAGGACGCGGACGCCGACGUCACUCGAGGCAGACGCCGGGUCGUCGUCGUCCUCCUCCUGCUCGCACCAGGGUACCCAGAGGCUCACGCCAGACUCUCAGCAGCGGCGGCACUGCGGCGCGUGCUCACCCCGGAAGGGGUCGGGGCCCGGGACGGCGUCGGGGGUGGGCUGCGAGACCUGCAAGCGCGCGGGCGGGCGGGCGCGCAGCAAAGAGGGCCGCUCUGCGGGUCCAGCGCCCGCCAUGGACCGCAAGCCUCUCAGCCCACCCCAGACGGCGGUCACCUCCCCGCGCACAUCGGCCCGGGCGGAGGUGCAGAAGCAGCGCGCCCACAGCGCGUCGCCGGCGCGGAGGAUGACGCCGACGGCGGCUGGCCAGGGCGCGCGCGUCCCCCUUGCGCACCUGGCGGCUAGGAACAGCGGCCAGCCGAUCGGCAGGACGCUCAGCUGCCGAGGUCCCCGGACCGCCGUCCACCAGGAAUCCACGCCACCGCUGAGCCCCCUGUCGGUGCAGCUACAGGGACCGCUGUCGCCGGGCUGGGACCUGGUGGCGCUCGAGAUGGAGGUGCAGGAGCUGCGCCGCGAGCUGCAGGAGCGCCGUGCCGCGGAGCUGCGGCUGCGGAGGGAGAUCCACAAGCUCAGGAGCGUGCUCCAGCAGGCCACAAGCUUCUCCCAGGACGGCGAGGGAGGGGACGUGGCACGCGAGGACGGCGUCAGCGGGGACGCCCGGGAGGGCCUGCUUCUCACGUCCCUGCAGGUGCGUCACGCCAUGGCCGGCGGCCGUGCCACCGGUUGCGGGCCGGGGGCGGCGCAGGGGGCGGCACAGGGGGUUGCGCAGGGUGCUGCGCAGGCCACGGCGCAGCAGGGGGUGGCGGCGGCCUCCUCCUCCAAGAAGCAGGGCGUGUCCGGGGAGAGCUCGGACCCCGGAAGCUCGUCCGUGACUCAGGCCACCUUCCCGAAGGACUUCCGUUCGCAGCAGCUCAUCAAGGCCGCCAUCCUGGACAACGACUUCCUCAAGAACCUCUCGCGCAGCCAAAUCCGGGAGCUGGUGGACUGCAUGUACCUCCAGAGCGUGACCAGGGGCAGCUACGUCAUCCGGGAGGGGGAGGCAG